AUGGCGGGGAAUUUUCCGGGAAGAAAUAGAGGGAGAGAGAUAGUGAGAGAUGAUAUUGCCCACGUCGUCGUCGUCAUCUCAUCUUCAGCGACGGCGACUGUAGACAAGGACGAGCGAUCUAGCAAUUGUGUACCAAAUUCCAAGAGCAAUUUAUUUAUCUCAACUCACUCUUCAGAUCUAGAUCUACAACGUAGAAUGGAAGGGAUGCAUGAAUCAUGGUGCUGCAUUCGUCAGAAAUUCGAUGGAAUGCACCUGCCAUGGUGA